AAGAAAAUGAGAAAUUUGUGUCCCAUUGUUGGAUUUGUGUUGUUUUGAUGGUGCACCGAAACAGUCAGAAGUCUUUGGCGCGUUUCCAAAUUCUGUUGUGUGUCAACAGAUUCUUCCAACUCUUUCUCCCAAAUCCGUAGUUUCAAUCCCUACUAGUCCGAGUUUUCCAUCGAUGGGAAUUCGUGAAAGGUUUCUUAUUGGUCCUAUAACAUAAUGAUUGCAGUUUUAAUGGACAUAUAGAGAUUGUUGGGAUGAGUUGCUUCACCGUUUGCUUUUGGCACAAAACACCUUCCCCAUCCAAACGAACCACAGAUAUUAACGAAGAAAUUUUUUCAAGUGUUCAGGAUGCUAAGCUAUACAGUUACAAAGAACUACAAAUAGCUACUCAAAAUUUCAAUGCGUCGAACAAGAUUGGUGAAGGCGGCUUUGGUUCGGUCUACAAGGGAAGGCUAAAAGAUGACACAUUAGUAGCAAUAAAGGUUCUCUCUGCCCAGUCGGAGCAAGGCGUGAAGGAAUUCCUAAACGAGAUAGUGACCAUAUCAGGAGUCGAACAUGAGAACCUCGUCAAGUUGUGCGGUUGCUGCACGGAAGGGGACCAGAGAAUCUUGGUGUACGGCUAUCUUGAAAAUAACAGCCUUGCUCGAACUCUUCUAGGAGGACGCCUCAGUAGUGUUCAGUUCACGUGGAAAAUACGCUCUCAGAUCUGCAUAGGGGUGGCACGAGGCCUCGCCUUCCUCCACGAAGAAGUCCGGCCUCAUAUCAUCCACAGAGAUAUUAAAGCGAGCAAUGUACUCCUCGACAAAGAUUUCACGGCAAAGAUUUCGGAUUUCGGUCUUGCAAAGCUUUUCCCAACCUCCGCAACUCAUGUCAGCACACGCAUUGCUGGGACACACGGUUAUUUAGCCCCUGAAUAUGCGAUUCGGGGAAAGCUGACACGGAAAGCCGAUGUGUACAGCUUCGGCAUUCUCCUAAUGGAAAUCGUCAGCGGAAGAAGCCACAGAGACAAGAGAUUACCAGCUGAAGCACAAAAUAUCCUUCAAAUGGCGUGGAAUCUAUACGAGAAGGGUGCACUGUUCCAGCUGGCCGAUGCAUCGCUCGAGGGGGACUCCAACAUCGACGAGGCUUGCAAAUACCUCAAGAUCGGGCUUCUAUGCACCCAAGUUAUGCCCAAAACGCGCCCUGCCAUGUCUGUCGUCGUGAAAAUGCUGGAAGGUGAGAUAGAUGUGGAUGAGGAGAAGCUCACGAAGCCGGGGCUAGUGACGGAGCUGGAUCUGACGAGCUCGAGCUACGAACCACGCGGAUCAUCAAUAGGCUCGGGAACACAAGAUAACUCUUAUCCGUUUGAAACCACAAACACAAACGUGUCACAUGGUACCAUGACUUUCGGUUCAAUCUAUGACCGGAGUAAUUGAGUUGAGUUGAGUCGAGUCGAAUCGAGCCGAGUAGAGACAACAACUUGAUUGUUUUUCAUCCAUCUCUUUCUUCUUAGAGAGCUCGAUCUUUGAUUGAUGUUAGGAUACAUACAUGUUCAUAUAUAUAUAUUGAUUGAUGUGUAGCAAUUUUUGUUGGAGUUAUUUGUUAAAAUCUUUGUAUUUCAGUGAUGAUAAUUUUUUUUGCCUUCUUGAAAUGUCACUUUUAAAUUAACAAA